GGUGGUGGGCUCCCUCGAAAUUUGAUCCGGUUAAAUCACCCAUGCUGUUCUUCGAAAAGGGUCUGCCUUUGAUGCCUCCGAUACUGCCUGAUGCUGGUCUUGAUAUGGUCUGAAAGAACAUGGUAUCAUAUGUGGAAAAAAGAGCACGACCGGGGUUGAUCAAGUUUUUUCGUACCCAAUCCCCUCGACAUUUUGAAGGAGGUGAAUGCGACCAAGGCAGUUCAUGUAAACGCUUGGAGCCUUUGUCGCCUGAGCAGAUGGAGGAGUUAUUCUCUUUGAAAAAUAAUGGGACAAAUGUGGAGGCAUGCCUGGCGAACCAGCACCUGUACAAGGCACUCCCGAGGUCUGGUUUCCAUGUUCUGGACAUUACCCAUAUUAGUGAAUUCAGAGCAGAUGCCCACCCUUCUGCUGCUGGUGGAAAGAAACAUGAUGACUGCAUGCACUGGUGUUUAACAGGAAUUCCAGAUACUUGGAAUGACUUGUUCGUAGCUCACUUAAACGAUGUUAAGGAUCCAAAUUAAUAUAUAUUCUUUUUCAUCCCCAAA